AUGUCCUUCCCUCAAGAUCCUCGGCGCCGUCGCGGCGGAGCCGGCACUGGUUUCAGCUCAACCGGCGGACGAACCGCCAUUGGAUACUGGAUCCCCUUGGCCUUGACUGCUGGAAUUGCAACUAUUAGCAUUGCAGCCUGGAUCUGGAGUGAACGAAAUGACGACGAAGAUGAAGACGACCGCCCCCACGGAGAUGGGCGCCCUUACCCGCCUCCUGUAGGACCUGGAAGUGAUUACCCUCCACCUUCCUAUGCUACUGGAGAUUAUUCCCGAAGCGCAGGAGCUGAAAUACUGCCUGGAGAUGCUUCCUAUGAUGAUAGUAUGAUGGCUCGCAUGCAAGGUGCUUUGCGUCGCACGCCUAGCCCUCAACAGAUCUUCGAUGGCGCCAGCAAAAGAGUUGUGGCGGGUGUGACUGCUGCAGGAGCCUUUGUCGGUGGCGCUCUCACCUCAAUUCGUGAAGAUAACAAAGACGAGGGUGACUACGAAGACCACUCCAGAUGGUCGGAGGAAGCUCAAUCCAGAGCCCACGAGCGAAGCCAACAAGGCGCCGUUGCGCCGACUAUGAGUGGUGGAUUACCGAGCCGUCCAGCAAAUACAGUUAACAGGAACAAGAAGACCGUUGCAAUUGUGGUCUCCUCGGUUUCAUCGGCUGACCCCGACGGAUUUUCUUCUGAACAUGCGUCGAUUCUAUCCCAUCUCCCUGAACAUGUCGAUGUGGAAAACUCCAAGAUCUUUGUCUUGAUCUAUGCCCCAGAUUUGAAACACGCCAUCAGGAAGGGGGGCUCACCUCCUACCACCCCCUCUAUGGCUUCGUCUUAUUCAAAUAUUGGCACCGAAGAAGGAGCUUCUGUCGGGGAAUUGGCCUCUGGGGUUUUGACACCGGUCGAACCCCGCCAGGACGAUGAACUGGAGGGCACAUCUCCCUUCUUCAAAACAUUAUACACACAGGCACAAGCGCUUGUUGAGAAGGACAGCAUGAUCAUGCCUUUCAGCACCCCUGGUGGCUAUGUGCACCUCGCUCGCCACCUAUUCCCAGAACUUGUUUAUGUCCAAGAGUCCUUGACUGGAGAUGUGGGUGAACCCGUCACUCAGCUCACUCGUUGGGUUCGCCAGGUUAUCGUCGUGGUCGGAGACGAGGGUGGCCGUGGUGGGCUUAUUGACAGUGAUGACGAGUCAGCACUUGGCGAAAAGGGUGAGAAGUGGUGGCAAAAGGAGGGUAUCACAGGACUCGGCAAGAGCGUUGAUGUGGUUGACGUUGUCCGAGUCGGAGAUGACUGGCGACGACGUGUGAGUGGUCAUGACUAG